GACAGACAUCGCGUCUGUACCCAACGAAAAUGAUGUCUUGUACAACCACAAAAUCGGCAGUCCGGAAGCCUAAGACGACCGAGAGCCUAGUUCGACAAGCGACAGAGUGGUCUCGUACGACCAGCCAGGCAAGACUGAUAUAUGGACAAAGUUUGAACCGACUCCAAUCGUCAACAUGUUGAACGUCCCUUCAUUGUAUCGGAGACCUACCACUCUUCCAAAUCACCACGACAACAUGCCCCCAACCCCAGCACUAAACCCCGACCCGAACCAAGGACUCAACCAUACAACCAUAACCCUCUCAUCAGGCACAAUAGCGCACACAUGGACACCCAACACCCAACCCACCGCAACUAUUGUCUUACAGCACGGUUACGCGGAAUACGCAUCCCGGUACCUAUACUCGCACCACAACCUCAUCACACACUUCCUCGCCGCCGGAUACUCCGUCUACGCCAUGGACAUUUGGGGUCACGGUUCCUCACCAGGUGAUGUUCGCGCAGUAGCUCACGUGGGAAAAGCCGUCGUUGAUCACGUUGAACUACGCGACCACACCGUGAAGCUGGGGAAGCCAGUGAUAUUGUUUGGACAUUCACUCGGCGGCCUCAUUACUGCUGGGAGCGUAACACUGGAUUCAAAUGACAUAAAGGGGGUAAUUCUCACCGGUCCCGCAUUCCCAGGUCCGUUCCCCUACGCAGCGAGAUUAGCGGUAGGCGUAGCAGCGCGCACGAUGCCAACAGUUUCUAUACCGGGUCGCCACGUCGACAUCUCAGGCCUUACACGGUGUAAACCUGAGAUUGAAAAAUAUCUGGCUGAUCCGUUGUUUUCGAAGAAGGCAAUUUGCUUCUUGACUGCUGCUACGGCUGUGGAUGUUACGGAUGCUGUCAUGGCGAAAGUGGGAGACUGGACUGUGCCGACGAUGGUGCUGCAUGGGGAUGCAGAUACGUAUUGUGAUUGGAGGGGUAGUGAGAGGUUUGUGCAGGAGAUAAGAAGUGAGGAUAAAGAGUUCGGUGUUUAUGCAGGGGGAAGGCAUGAGCUGUUGCAUGAUGAGUGUGGGGAUGAGGUUUUGAAGAAGGUAUUGGGAUGGGCGCAGGAACAUGUUUAGUAUUGAAGAUGGUGUUGGACAUUCGCUGUUUGGAUAUGAAAGAAUGUUUCCAAUGUCCUGAACGCCGCCCAAUGCAGUACCGUCAUGAGCCCUAGUAAUACAACUAUGUGUGAACCAGAUGAGUGAUUAUACAAGAUGUCGAUGUCUAUGCCUUCUG